CUAUACAAAAUUUUAUUAAUUUGUAUAUGUAAGAAAAAAUAUUUUUAUAUCAGAUAUUUUUCGACUAAUUCUUUCUAUCGAUCAUAACGUACACGUCACAUAAUGGUCGCCAUGGUUUAUUCAUCCGUAAGGAGAUAAUUGGAUAUUGUGUUUUUAAGGAAAAAAAAGCACAAUCUCUUGUGGAAAAUCUGCUGUGUACAUCGUGCAGAGAAAUAACAGAAAUAAAUGUUAAAUACAUAUACAGUAAUCUUUGAGCAUUCUUGCGUGAGGUGCGAAGUGUGUUAAGUGAAGAACGAGUGUGCACAAAAAGUUUAAAGGCACCAGAACUACAUUGGCUUCAUACAAGAAAACCCGAAAAAUCCAGAAGUACAAAGCCUGGAUGACGGGACAAAUGACAACAUACAUUUGAGCAAUAGUGAAAGUGAUCAAAUAAAAAGUGAAAAUAUGGACAAUAAUACAGAUGGGGACAACUUAAAUCUGAGCUGCGGCGAAAAUGAUAUAGUGGAUGAAUUAAAAAUUGCUGCAGAUGAAACUUAUGAUACACGUAGUGAAGUUUCAUCUAGCAGUUCAAAUUCUGAUUCUAGUCAACCAAGUAUAAGCUCUGUUUCCACAAAAUCUUCACGUGGAGAUAAUAAACGCAAUCGUAAAAACAGAGGAAAACGUGCUAGAUCCAGAGAUUCUAAGUCUUCUAGUCCUGAAGCAAAACGUGCAAGAUCUAAAGAAAAAGGAAUUACUAAGAGCUAUGAUUAUGCUACAAAAUUAAAUUACUUAUUUAGGGAUGCAAGAUUUUUCAUCAUCAAAUCAAACAAUGCUGAAAAUGUUACAUUAUCAAAAGCUAAAGGAGUGUGGAGUACAUUACCACAAAAUGAAGCCAAUUUAAAUCAAGCUUAUAGAGAAUCAAGAAAUGUUCUGCUUAUAUUUUCUGUAAAAGAAUCAGGAAAAUUUGCUGGUUUUGCAAGAUUAAGUACAGAAUCUAGAAGAGAUGGAGCACCAAUUUCUUGGGUGUUACCACCUGGAUUGUCUGCAAAAGCUUUAGGUGGUGUAUUUAAAGUUGACUGGAUAUGUAGGAAAGAAUUACCAUUUACGGCUACAUUACAUUUAUAUAAUCCAUGGAAUGAUGGUAAACAAGUAAAAAUCGGACGUGAUGGCCAAGAAAUUGAACCAAGAGUUGCAGAAGAAUUAUGUAGAUUAUUUCCAGAAGAUGAAGGAAUUGAAAUGACACCAAUUUUGAGAAAAUCUAAGGAAGCAGCAAAACAUAUUACGAAGUCUCGUUCAUAUCGUGAUAAUAGACCAGUUAAUAGUAGUCCUAGAUUUUUACGCUCAAGAGGUGGUAGAGGUCGUAGACUUUUCUUAACUUCACGAUCUCGUUUAGCUUCGUUAGCUAGAGGAUCUCAUUUAGCUGGUAAUGAACAUAGAGGAUCAAGAGACCAUCAUCAUCAUCGAUAUGCUACUUGGUUUAAUAGAAGCGAUUCUCCUUAUUCUAAAGGAUAUGGUAGUCCAGGAUUAGGUGUGGCUGCAGCAGCUGAAGCGUAUGUUGCAGAUUAUAUGCGUACUAUGCAACAUCAAUUGCCUCCUUUACCUCCUUAUGCUGCACCACAUCCAUAUGAUUCUUUACCUCCACCACCACCACCACCCAGAUAUUAUGAUGGUUUACCAUUACCACCUGACUACAGCGCAGCGGCUUCUGCUCUAGAAAAACGUAGCUAUGAAAGAAGUGUAGAUGAAUUUUUGUGGAGAACAGCGAGUCGACAUAGUCGUCAUAGUGAUCAUCGAUCCUCUCGUGAUCAUCAUCAUAGAUAUAGAGAUCGUAGAUAAGAAAUUUUGAAAUCUUCAUUAUAUCUUCUUAAUAUCUUCAUUCACUUAUUCUUUCAUUUUUCAUUUAUGCACAUAUUAUACGGGCUUUCGAGGUAUCGCGACAUUUAUAAUUAUGUAUCGUAUCGUUACAUUUAUAAUUAAUAGUGUUUAACCGAUUAUUUGUAUUAAUAACUCAAACAAAAAUAAUUUGAAAUUUUAAUUAUAUACAUACAUAUAUUAGAUAUAACAUAAUUUUUAAUAGAAUUAAUAGAAAAAAUAAUAUCGUUUUUUAUGAAGUGAUAUAUUAAGAAGCAUCAAAUGAUUCGUAUUUUUAAUCAGAUGAUUAAAAUUAAUGAAAUUGUAAAAAUAAUAUAAUUAUUUUUCUGUUAUUAUAUCUGUUUGUAAUUGUAAAACAUAUAUGAUAAAAUUGAAAUUAUAAAAUUGAUUCACAAUUCAUCAAAAUCUUAUUAUAUGCAUUUAUUAGUGAAAAAUAAUUUAUAAAAAAUACAAUAUUCUUUGAUUAAUAUACUUCAUUUAUUUUCUAAUUUUUUUUUAUUAUUUCUAAUUUCAAUUUAAGUAUUUUUUGUAUAUUUUUAUAAUUUUUACAUGUAUUGAUAUUUGAGUAUUUUGUAAAUAAAAAAUUUUGAAUUGUGAAUCAAUCUAAUUAUAUCUGUUUUUGCAUUAAUAGAAGUAUGAAUUUUCAUAAUCAAAUUUCAUACAAUUAUAA